AUGGCAGAAGAAAAAUUAAUAGAGGCAGUGAGGGAACACAGAGAGCUGUAUGACACAAAACACGCAGACUACAUGAAGGUCAAACUCAAGAACCGGAUUUGGAGUGAUAUAGCAAAGGAUCUGAAUUUGAAAGACGGGGAAGAGACAAAAAGUUCGUGGCUGAAGCUGAGAGGCAGCUAUCGAGAUGCACGACGACGACGACGACGACGACGACAGGUGAAAUGUAUGAAAAGCGGAGCUGCUGCUGAGAGUAUCAAGCCGCGGAGAUAUCAAAACCAGAUGUCAUUUCUUGAACCCUUUAUGACAGCUGGUCCACGUGAUAGUAAUCUAGGUGAUGACAGUGAUCACAGCUCACAAGCUACAACUAAAACAUCAGCAAGAAGUGAUACACUGGAAACCGAGGAAUUAGAAGACAACAACUCACUCGACAAUGAGGAGUGUAUAUCGACUGAUUCAGACCAACAGACAGCGUCUCACUAUUCAGAACAGCAGCAGAUGGAAGAUUUGAAGGUCGACACAACUGAACCCGGCAAGAACAACUGUGUAGGCGACGCAUUGUCAAGGAUAAAGGAAGUAAAAGCAGCUAAUACCGAACCCGGGGCAAAUGAAAGCGAGGAAGUAACAGUAGUUGAAGAGGAUGAACAGCAGGAGAUCACAGCUGAAGAAAAGGCGGAAAUUCCAUAA